AUGGCUUCAGCGCGCGGCCCCCGGUGGCAGCAGUUCCUACAAGAGCUGGUCAUGGUAGCGGGCACAUCAGCUUCAGCAUAUUUUCUCAUUCGCUAUCUCCUCUCGCGUCUUGAUUUCGAUCCCGAGAGCCAGAAGAAAGAGGAACAGCGUCGGAAGUCCGCUGCCAUUCUACGAAGACUCGACGGUGGCGACGAGUCCGAGGAGGAAUCGCCCCGACGAGGUGGCAGUAACAGUAGCAAGCGCGGUCGGCGACAGAAACGCGGCGAGCUCACUCUGAACCAAUAUGAACAGGCGAUCGCCAUGGACGUUGUCGCCCCUGACGACAUUGCCGUUUCGUUCGAGGACAUUGGUGGCCUGGACGAGAUUAUCGAGGAGCUCAAAGAAUCCGUCAUAUACCCCCUUACGAUGCCGCACCUGUACGCCUCAACGUCGUCGCUUCUGACCGCUCCGUCGGGUGUCCUCCUGUACGGCCCUCCGGGGUGCGGAAAGACCAUGCUCGCCAAGGCGCUAGCCCACGAAAGUGGCGCUUGUUUUAUCAAUCUGCAUAUUUCUACCCUGACGGAGAAGUGGUACGGUGAUUCGAAUAAGCUGGUGAACGCGGUAUUCUCGCUGGCCCGGAAGCUGCAGCCAUCGAUCGUCUUCAUCGACGAGAUCGAUGCUGUUCUUGGCACGCGACGGAGCGGAGAGCACGAGGCCAGCGGGAUGGUGAAGGCCGAGUUCAUGACGCACUGGGACGGACUGACCUCGGCCAAUUCGCUCGGUGAACCCCAGCGAGUGGUCGUGCUGGGCGCCACCAACCGCAUUCAGGAUAUCGACGAAGCGAUUCUGCGACGGAUGCCGAAGAAGUUCCCCGUCGUGCUUCCGCCGGCGGCUCAGCGACUCCGCAUUCUCAGUUUGAUUCUCAAGGACACGAAGAUCGACCGUGAGAACUUCGACCUCCAUUAUCUGGUCAAGGCGAUGGCCGGCAUGUCCGGUAGUGAUAUCAAGGAAGCGUGUCGCGAUGCGGCGAUGGUGCCCGUGCGGGAGUUGAUCCGACAGAAGAAGUCAGAUGGACAGCAGAUGACGUCUGUCGAUCCGAAGGAUGUUCGCGGACUCCGAACGGAGGAUUUCUUCACGCGGGCUGGUGGUGUCCGAGUCAUUCCCGCGCCGGCUCAGCUCCCGACGCAGUCGAGUAAGGCGAGUUCGGAGAAGGAAUGGAGCACGGAAUCCGAGGCGGCUUCGGAAGCUGAUGCACGGCCAUCGGCGGAGAUGAUUGAGCCACCGGAGUAG